AUGGACGAAGGUCAUGCACUCUUGAGCUCCGAUAAUAUAGAUUUUGAUUUGGCUGAUAAGACCUCAACUAAUGUUGUAGAUCAAGUAAAAUACAUAAAUGGUACGUCAAAGUAUCUUGUUGUAAAUGACAAGAACAAAUUCAAAUGGAUAGGCCCUUUUGAAGGUCUCAAAAAUUUGAUGAACGAAUUGACCGGCAAAGAAACAAAAUGGUCGUUUCCCGGCGGCUAUUGUAAGUUGCUUGAGCUGAAUGAAGUUGCUGUAAGAUGGUAUUCAGAUAGUAACUCACUUACAAUUAAUGGAAAGUCGUGUGAUGAGUUUAAGACUCAACUUAUUCAUCUCAACAAACAGCUACAGUUAGAAUCCGAAGACACAAAUGCUGCCUGUGUCUCUGGUAAUGGCGAAAUACCAAUCAACUUGGAUGAGGAAGCAGCAAGUAACGAAAGCGAGAAUCAAAUUUCCACUGGUCAGUUAAACGAGUAUGAAUCAUUGCUUAAUACCGUAAGAAGCCUUGAGGCGAAGUUGGAAAGUAGGAUAAAUGAUCUCGCAAGCGAAGUGCACGAGACUAGACUAGAAUUACAUGUCGAGAAAAUUGCGCGAGAGAACCUAGAAGCUGAAUACACAGAACUUGCAAGCGAAGCUCUGGAAAUAAGAUCAGAAUUAGAUAUCAGGAACCUCACAAGAGACGAGAACGAAAUCAUCAAGUCUCGUGACGAAUCAAUAUCUACGGUUUUUAAUAAGGGAUUUCUCGUUAAAGAGAACGCUAGUCUUAAAGAUGAAAAUGCUUUACUUAAACAGCAGAUUAACAACUACAAAUGUAUUACAUCGGACUUGAGAACAAAGGUCAAAGAUUUAGAAAAUGAAAAAGACAGCUUGGUCACCGUUAUUAAAAUUCUACAUGAUGAUCAAAAUCAACAUACUUGUCAUGCUAAUAAAUCUAUAGCGUCUUGGAAUGUUGUAAACAAUCAUAAAAGGUCUCAGAUUGGCCGUGGUUCCUCAAAGAAUUAUUCUACAAUUGGUCCCAGUGGUGACAUCAGGGACAAAGAUGGUGCAACUCGGAUAAAAAAUCAAUAUAUUGUCUUGAGUGAUGAUAUCGACAACAGUGAAGCUAGUGAGGACGACAGCGUCAUCUUAAAGUCUACACAGGCUCCCCAGAAUAAAGAAAUCCAGGACACUAGCAAAGAACGACCCAAAGAUCCAAAACAUGGCUGUGUUGCUGCAA